GCGACCCACCUCCACCCCCCCAAACCCGAAGACCUUCCCUUUCCCCUUCCUCUCUCUCUCUCUCUCUCCCUCUUCCCCCGCAACCCCCACCUCCUCGUCGCGGGGGGGCCCGUCUCGGCUGCGGCGGCGGCGGCGGCGGCGGAGUAGGCCACGGUGGUGGUGGUGGUGGUGAGUGGGGGGACCAUCGCCGCUGGUGGUCGGUUCAGUCGGGCGGGCGGGCGGGCUCACCGGUCGUUGACGAGGAGUUUGGUUGAGGGGGGCCCUGCGGCAUCAGCGGCGGCGGCGGGAUGUACGUGCCGCAGCCAUCUCGCUCCGAUGCGGCCGGCCGCGACGCCGGCGACCAGCCUAGGGUUUACCAGGUUUGGCGGGGAAGCAACGAAUUCUUCUUGCGAGGGAGGUUUAUAUUUGGGCCUGAUGUGAGAUCCAUAUUUCUCACUAUGUUCCUCAUCGUUGCACCAGUGGUGGCCUUCUGCGUGUUUGUCGCCAGACACCUCAUUGAUGACUUUCCCGGUGAUUGGGGUAUCUCGGUGAUGGUUGUGGUGGUUGUCUUCACCGUUUAUGAUUUGACGCUGCUUCUCCUUACUUCUGGUAGAGAUCCUGGUAUUAUACCUCGUAACACUCAUCCUCCUGAGCCUGAAGGCUUUGAUGGGAGCAAUGAUUCUGGAGUUCAGACUCCACAACAGUUGCGUCUGCCUCGGACAAAGGAUGUCAUUGUAAACGGAAUCAGUGUGAGGAUUAAAUACUGUGACACAUGCAUGCUUUACCGGCCACCUCGAUGCUCACACUGUUCGAUAUGCAACAACUGUGUGGAACGGUUUGAUCAUCACUGUCCAUGGGUUGGCCAAUGCAUAGGACUUCGUAAUUAUCGGUUCUUCUACAUGUUUGUAUUCUCGACCACGUUACUCUGCCUCUACGUAUUUGCUUUCUGUUGGGUGUACAUAAUCAAGAUUAGAAAUGCUGAGAGUUUGUCAGUUUGGAAGGCAAUGCUAAAGACACCAGCCUCAAUCGUUUUGAUCAUCUACUGCUUCCUUUGUGUAUGGUUUGUUGGUGGUCUUUCUGUCUUCCAUUGCUAUUUGAUGAGCACCAACCAGACAACUUAUGAGAACUUCAGGUAUCGCUACGAUAGACGGGCUAACCCGUAUAACAGAGGCGUUCUGAACAACUUUCUAGAGAUAUUCUGCAGCCGUAUUCCUCCUUCAAAGAACAAUUUCCGGGCAAGGGUCACAGUUGAGCAAGGGCUACAGCAAACCCGUGUAGCAUCAAGAGGUUUUAUGAGCCCCAACAUGGGCAAACCUGUUGGGGAUCUUGAAAUGGGCAGGAAGCCGGUGCCUUGGGAUGAACCGAGGACAGCAGCUGAUAUCAGGGACUUGGAAGCAGGUCUCGGGGGCUUUUUGGAUGAGAAAGAGGGUAGACUAACGCAUGCAUCCCCAGAUCUGAGCAGGGACGACCUUCCAGCUGAUCUCAUGAAAGGACGAGCUGGCACACAUUCAAGGCGGUCAAGUUGGGUUAAUAGAACUGGAACUUCAGAAUCAGAGUGACCCUGUGCAUUGAACUACCAUGAAGUACAAUUUGUUUACCAUGUGCGCCAGGGUAAAGGUCCUGGAUCAUCUGUGUAAUUCCAAACACGCUUCCUGUUGCUUUGUCUUUGGUAGUGCAUGAUAUCACACGAAGCUUCCAUGCGCUGUAUGUGUGUCUGGUGUUUUAAGAAAAGUAGCCCAAGAGCUUCCGGUUUGGAUGGGGUAUCUGUAUAUAUAUUUGUUGGAACAGACGUAUUUUGGUUUUCUCUUGAUGCUUCCCAGGAUGCCAUUUACGGCCUGUUUGGUUGGAGGUUUUUGGAGGGA